AUGAUUGGUGUCAUGAAACUACCGGGAAUUCUUGCCGCCCUCUUUUUGCUCUGCGGGGCGCUGGUCCGUGCGCAUCGUGUUUCGCCCGCCCAACAAGACGAUGUGACUGUUCUCGAGUCGCCACUGUUCAAUCCGCUCUCGAGUAUAGCUUAUCACGUCCUGAAAGUUGCUGAAGGCCUCCCGAGGGCUCAGAGACAAGCGUUCAACGAUGAGUCGCUCACCAAGCUAUUACAGACUUUUGAAGUCCGAACAAACAGACUGAAACCCCUGGUGGAAAACGUUUUUCUGCUAAUGUCGAAGAAGGAGCGGACAAAAAGCGACUUGGAGAUGUUCCAGAGCGGCAUUGAGGCAAUAGAGAGCAUUUUUUCUCAGCUUCACCGCAGCGGAAAAGAGAUCGAAUCCCUAGAGGACAAAACCUCCUCCCACCGUCUCUGUGAAUCGAUUCUACUCCAUGUACAACAGGGACUGCCAGAGGCUAGGGCACUGAGGACGGCCAAUUUAAAUUCGUCAGAAGCGCUCCCAUCCGUCGUCCAAGACUUCGUUGCCGCGGAAUAUCUGCCGAAUGCAGAAAGAGUGUACAGCUUGAACCAGAAGCUGCAAAACGCUCACAGUGACGAUGGAAUUCCGAAGUCUUCCGCGGACGAACUGUUGGGGGACUGGCAAAGAGCCCAUGCAGGCAUUCAACGUUCUGGAAGGAAGAUCCUUGCACUAAUCGCUAAGGUCAAAAACUCAAUACCUCGAGUGCCCUCCCCCGAUGACUUCGAAACUCUGGCGGCCGCCAUUCACUUUAUGCAAAAGGAUGUAGCCGACGACGUCAAGACGCACAACUGGGAGACACUGCGGAGACGGCUUGAUGCUGCACAAAAAAGGGCUCUUACGCUGCUGCACAACACUCGGCCUCCAACAACAAAACCCCACAAAAUCGAAGGCCUCGACUUACCAAUGGUGACUGAUGUCAUUGCUGUAGGACUCUGCAAUGAUAAAACGCGUGUUUUUAGGGUAUUAGCCUAG